AUGUCUUAAGCUUUGUCAAUAAUUUAUUGAUGACAGUUGUGCACGCAAGAAUCAUUUAAACAUUCGGGUGAUUUAUGUUAUAUUAUCAUGAAUUGUUAUACCAAAAUGGAAGCUGCGGUAGGUAAGCGAGAGGAACCAUACUUUUUCAUCCCCAUGUGAAUUGUCUAUUUGAUAUCGACACUUCAUUGCCCGAUUCUUGGAAACCUGUACAUUAGUUCGUUUCACUUUGUUUAAAAUAACCGGAUAUAAAUUUCGCAAAUUUUAUAUGCCACCAGAAUUCCAUAUUGUAUUUAUCUUGUAAAGUCUUUGUGUCUACAAAGACAUUGUCGUAUCACUUUGGACAUCUUAGCGUACUACACUUUGUACCAGACGUGUGCAUGUCAGCAUCCUAAUGUCCGCUUCCCCUAUCUUGCAUGUACAAAUGUUGGGCUCAAUGUCUCGGCCGAGUCAUAUAACAGAAAGAAGACUCAUACCAUUGGCGGGUACUCUUAGAACUUCAAGGGCCCACGGUGGCCCUACCGAGAUAGGCGAACCGUAGCGGCCGUGCAGUACAAAUGGAGGAUACGAAUUCUAUGGGCCACAAUAAACAUAAAUAUUAUCGUUUUACUUCUCUUUCUUCCAUAAAAAUUGUAUUAGAUAUAUUUCCCUUUUUUUCCCUCUUGACUGGUAUCGAGUGUGGCCGCGAAUCCGUUGCGCCAAGCCACACUAACGGAGACAACGCUAGCUCGAUUCCCGUUCUCCCGCAGCCAUGGCGAUCGCCUCCUUCCACCCGCCGAUCCGAAUCCUCUCGCCGGCUCCCUCGUUCCCUCGGCCUCCGUCGAAGAGGCUUCGGCCUCUACUCCCCCGUUCCCCAACCCGCCCAAAAUCCCAACAGCGGCGGGUAUCCCGGAGGCAAGCCAAGCCCCAGCCCUCCGACACCGACCGGUCCCUACUCACCCGGGCCUCGGGCCUCCUCAAUCGAAUUAGAGGCGAUGAGAUCAGCUUAGAGAUACUGAGCAUUGCCCUGCCGGCUGUCUUGGCCCUUGCUGCGGACCCCCUCGCUUCGAUUGUGGACACCGCCUUCGUGGGACACUUGGGUUCUGUUGAGCUAGCAGCAGUUGGUGUCUCGGUCUCAAUAUUCAAUCUGGUUUCGAAGCUGUUCAAUGUUCCUUUGCUCAAUGUGACUACAUCCUUUGUUGCUGAACAACAGGCACUAGAGUGUAGUCCUGAGAGCAAUGAUCAUGCGAUUGAAGCAGGGGGCAAAGUUCCCACUGGAAGAUAUUUGCAACAAGAGCCGAUCAAUUAUGCUGAUGGAGAAAGCAGGAAGUUUCUUCCAGCAGUAUCAACAUCUCUGGCUUUUGCUGCUGUAGUUGGGAUUGCGGAAUCAAUGGCUUUGAUCUUUGGCUUGGGACUGCUAAUGGAUUUCAUGGGUAUAUCUGUUGAUUCACCUAUGCGCUUACCAGCUGAGCAAUUUCUUACUCUACGUGCAUAUGGUGCUCCAGCAAUUGUACUAGCACUUGCUGCACAAGGCACAUUUCGUGGCUUUAUGGAUACAAAGACACCGCUAUAUGCUAUUGGUGCUGGAAGCUUACUAAACGCGAUAUUGGAUCCUAUUUUAAUAUUUCUAUUUGGUCUAGGUGUAGGCGGUGCUGCAAUAUCUACCGUAAUUUCUGAGUAUAUGAUUGCUGGUAUCCUCCUCUGGAAGCUGAAUGAGAAAAUAAUACUGUCUCCAAAUAUUAACGGGGAAGGAAUGAAUCUAUAUCUAAAAUCUGUUGGCCUCUUGGUUGGUAGAACUAUAGCUGUGCUCAUUACAAUGACAAUAUCAACUUCCAUGGCAGCACGGGAAGGCCCAGUUGCCAUGGCAGGUCACCAGAUAUGCUUACAAGUUUGGUUGGCGGUCUCUUUGCUCAAUGAUGCCUUGGCACUUGCUGGUCAGGCUUUACUUGCAAGUGAAUAUACUCGGAAGAACUAUGUACAAGCCCGUCUUGUAAUAUACAGGGUUAUACAGAUUGGAGCAGCAACUGGAAUUGCAUUGGGUGUGUUGUUGUUCUUUGGAUUUGAGCCUUUCUCAACUUUAUUCACCACUGAUUUUGCUGUUCUCCAAAUUGCUCAAUCUGGCAUUCUGUUUGUCACCGUUUCUCAACCGAUCAAUGCGCUUGCUUUUGUAAUCGAUGGCCUCUAUUAUGGUGUCUCCGACUUUUCGUAUGCUGCAUAUUCUAUGAUACUCGUGGGGGUAAUCUCAUCACUGUUCCUACUAAUAGCUGCUCCUGUAUUUGGACUUGCUGGAGUAUGGGCUGGUUUGGUUUUUUUCAUGAGUCUGCGAGCAGUUGCUGGGAUUUGGAGGUUACAAACCAAAGGUGGACCAUGGAAGAUACUAUUGUCUGAUAUGGAGAUAGGAACGACAAAAGAAUGUUGAUGGCCAUUGAUUUAACUGGAUGCCGAUGUUGGUGAUGGAAUAUACUGCCCUCACAGUUCUACACUUGUACUGCAGCUGUUGUUUUUCAGUAGGCAAGAUAUUGGAUGAUCUUAGACAUGACUUAGUACAGUAAACAGAUACGAGAUACAGCAUAAGAGCACAAGGAAGAAGAUUGGCAAAGACUCAAGUUGCAAGAACAAUAAAUUAUCCUGCAGAGCAUGGAAGAGCUAUUAAUCCAAAGAACAGAGCACAAUAGUACCAGUUGUUUCGUGGCACUAAAUGGUUGUUGGAAGAUACAUAUCAGAGGUAAGUCGGAUUUCCCUGCAUAAAUGAAACAAAAUGCCUUCCAUAUUUACAUUUAUGUUUAUAGCAUGAGGGCAGGCAGAUAAGAAUUUAUGGUCAAAUGGGUAAGAGAAUGUAUGGCAAAUAAUUUGCAAUAGCAAAAACCAGCAAGAAUAUUUUUUUUUUGGUCCUUGAAAUCAAAGUUUUAUGUAUACUCAUAGAAAUCGCAUUGUUGUCCCAAUGUUACCUGUCAUGGACUUAAUUAUAUUGACUUAUUUCUAGAA